GCACCCUCCUCAGAGUCAUUGUGCUUGUGGAUGAAGUUGCAGCAGCCGAGAUGUCUGCUAAGAUCCUUGCAGUGUUGCUGGCUGUGUCCUGGGCUGUUUCUGUGCAGGCCACGGUGGAGACUGAAGCCAGGGAGUUCCUGAAGACGUUUGACGAGGAGGCCAGCGAGCGUAUGUACCAAUACUCCUUGGCAUCAUGGGCCUAUAACACGAACAUCACUACGGAAAACUCAGACAAACUGUCAGAACAGGGGAACAUUUGGAGCGCUUUCUACACGAAUAGGUCUGAAGAGUCCAGCAAAUAUCCCAUCAAUGAGAUAAGUGACCCACAAAUCAAGUUGCAGCUCAUCUCCCUACAAGACAAAGGAGCUGGUGUGCUGUCGCCAGAGAAAGCUGCACGCCUGAGUAAAAUCAUGAGUGACAUGAGUACGAUCUACAGCACAUCAAAAGUGUGUAUGCAGGACAACCCGGGUGACUGCCAGACUUUGGAGCCAGGUCUGGAGCAUAUAAUGGCCAACAGCAUGAACUACUCUGAGCGUCUUCACGUGUGGGAGGGCUGGAGAACGGAGGUGGGGAAGAAGAUGAGACCUCUGUACGAAGAAUAUGUGGUCCUGAAGAAUGAGGCUGCCAAACUGAAUGGAUUUGAAGACUAUGGAGCCUAUUGGAGAUACAACUAUGAGACCGUGGAAGAAGACCCUGAGUUAAAGUACACCAGAGAACAGUUGAUGCAAGAUGUCCGUUCAAUAUACAAACAGAUCCUGCCUUUAUACAAGGAGCUGCAUACCUAUGUGAGAAGCAGACUUAUGGAGAAGUACCCAGGACACAUCGAUCCACAGGGGCCUCUGCCUGCCCACCUGCUGGGUGACAUGUGGGGAAGAUUCUGGACCAACCUGUACCCUUUGGUAGUGCCCUACCCUGACAAACCAGAUAUCGAUGUCAGCCAAACUAUGGUGGAACAGCGUUGGACUGAGAGGCGGCUUUUUGAAGAAGCAGAAAAGUUUUUCAUGUCUGUUGGCCUGUACAAGAUGUUUGACAACUUUUGGACUAAUUCAAUGCUGGUGAAACCCACUGAUGGACGCCAGGUGGUCUGUCACCCCACAGCCUGGGACAUGGGAAACAGAGAAGAUUUCAGGAUUAAAAUGUGCACCAAGGUCAACAUGGAUGACUUCCUCACAGUGCACCAUGAGAUGGGUCACAACCAGUACCAGAUGGCUUACCGCAAUCUCUCCUACCUUCUGAGAGAUGGAGCCAAUGAGGGUUUCCAUGAGGCUGUUGGAGAAAUCAUGUCUCUCUCUGCUGCUACACCAAAACACCUCAAGAGCCUGGGUCUCCUGCCGUCUGACUUCAUUUAUGACAGCGAAACUGAGAUCAACUUCCUGAUGAAGCAGGCGCUCACCAUUGUGGCCACACUGCCAUUUACUUACAUGCUGGAGGAGUGGAGGUGGCAAGUGCUUGCAGGGAAUAUCACUACAGAUCAAUGGAUGAAGCGCUGGUGGGAGAUGAAGAGGGAGCUGGUAGGAGUUAUGGAGCCAGUGCCAAGGGAUGAAACUUACUGUGACCCACCUGCUCUGUUCCAUGUAUCUGGAGACUAUUCUUUCAUCAGGUACUUUACAAGAACGAUCUACCAGUUUCAGUUCCAGAAAGCACUAUGUGAUGCGGCCCACCACACAGGACCCUUGUCUACAUGUGACAUCACUGGUUCCAAAGAAGCUGGAGCUAAACUGAGGGAUAUGUUAGAAUUGGGACGCUCCCAGUCCUGGACAAGGGCUUUGCGAACAAUAGCUGGGGACGUUAGAAUGGAUGCCCAACCCCUGUUAGACUAUUUCCAAAAGCUUUAUGACUGGCUGAAGAAAGCAAACACCAAGCCAAUUGAAGAACCAUAUCCCGGCUUUUCCAUUAAAGUGAGACUGAGUUUGAAAGCUGCCAUGGGUGAUGCUGCUUAUUCAUGGAAUGACAACGAGUUGUACCUCUUCAAGGCCACCAUUGCUUACGCUAUGAGCCAGUAUUACAGCCAAAAGAACCAAACGCUGGUCUUCAAAGCAGACAACAUCCUCACCUUAAAUGAGACUGCCAGGAUUUCCUUCUUCAUUGUGGCGACCAACCCAACAAACACCUCUGAAUUCAUUCCAAGAGAAGUGUUGGAGGCAUCCAUCAGAUCAUACCGAGGUCGAAUCAAUGAUGUCUUCCAGUUAGAUGACCAAACACUGGAGUUUGUGGGUGUCCCACCAACACUGACACCACCCAUCGAGCAGACGGUGGAAGUGUGGCUGGUGAUGUUCGGCGUGGUGAUGGGUCUUGUGGUCCUACUGGGCGUCUACCUUAUCGUCUCUGGUGCCAGAGCUCGCAGAAAGCAACCAGAUAUUGUGGCCAUGGACAAUCCUUACGAUCGAGAAUUCGAUGGGCACAGUAACAGAGCCUACGAGGAAAACGACAAUGAACAAACCGGACUGUGAGUCCCUGCAGCACAGACGGAGGACCGAUGUUGAAGGAUAGUAGUCUCAUUCUCUGUGCUGAAUGGCCCCUGUAACACUGUAACACUGUCAUGACUGUUAAAUGUAAAUAUUUUGACUUCACUAUUGUAUAGUGAAUGCCAUCAUUAUUAAAGGAAAAACGCGCUUAAUUGCACUAUA